AGGCCCAGGUGUUUUUGCAAGCCGCAUAUUUAAUCGGCUUUUGUUAUAGUACAUCGUCUAUUGGAUAUCGUAAAAGCGACGGAUUCUAUCGCCGCAGUAAAAAUCCGCAAGGAGGCCCCUCGCCUUCAGAAAGUGUGAUCAUCAGCUGGAUUCGGAGGAUAUCGCGGAGAGGAAAAAAAACUGCAGGAAGGCGAAAGAGUCCGUGGCAGAGAGCAAGCUAAACAAACCGAGAACAAAGGAGAAGGCGUAUUGCAGCUGCCCACUAGCACCCCUGUCCCACUGAUUGCUAUGCUGGACCGAGGAGUCCUGACAAUGAACGGCGCCCGAGCAGCAGGACAGCGAUCACCACCACCUUCCGAAGACAUCACUGAAGCCUCCGACCUCCUGUCUAACCCAUCGUAUGACAUAAUCACGGAGGACGUGGGCCGGUUUACAACUCAGUACUACCACACGGUGGAGCCCUCUGAGGGUAUCCUCAGUCCCAAAGACGGUGCUGGGUCGAGCUCGGACUCCUCCAGCAGCGGGCGAAGCAAAACUUCUUCCACCUCGUCCGACGAAGGCGGGCACCAUCAUCGAAAGAGGGACCAGACUUCCCCGCCGUCUGAGGAUGUCCGUUCGUCGUCGUCCCUGCCGACAACGCUGGAGUAUGUGGUCCCAGCGUUGCAGCAGAAGGUUGCAGUGUCGGUGUGCGGGAGUGUGUCGGGGCAAGGAGCUGGGGGAGGGGAGGGUACCUCGGUGAAACAUUGGAGCUAUGAGGAGCAGUUCAAACAGCUCUACAAUCUCUCUGCCGAACCAGAAAGGAAAGAAUUCCUCGACAAACUCUUUGACUACAUGCAGAAGAAAGGGAGCCCGAUUACCAGAGUCCCUAUCAUGGCCAAGCAACCCCUCGAUCUCUACCGACUGUUCAAGUUGGUAGUGGAAAGAGGUGGCCUAGUCGAGGUGAUCAAGAAAAAGGCUUGGAGAGCAGUGGCAAAAGAGUUAAAUCUCCCCGCAUCCAUCACCAGUGCAGCCUUCACCAUGAGAUCACAGUAUGUCAAGUAUCUGUAUCCGUUUGAGUGUGAGAUGGAGAAUCUGUCAGACCCUCAAGAACUCCAGGUUGCCAUCGACAGCCACAAGCGAGACCGUCGUCAGAGCGACGCGGCCGAGUUCAUGCACCAGCCGCUGGGGGCGGGACGAACUACCCUCGAGAGCCUCACGCCCGUCACCAACACAAUCACUCACACUCCACAGGGCAUUCAGAUACUCAGUUCGCCCACCAUGGCUCUUCCUCACGGCGCCAUCCCUCCCUACUCGGGCAGCUUCAUCGUCACGGGGCCCGGGGGGACCCAGAUGGUGACCCCCCAGAUGUCUGGGCCCCCGCAAUUAGUCCAAAUGACGGCAACCCACCACGGAAUUCCCAUAAUGGUCCCGGCUCUUGCCCCCGGGAAGCCAGCUGAUCUGGGGGCCAUGCAGCAGCAACAGCAGCAAGGGGAAGACCGCGAUGACGUCAGUUCACAGGCUUCCUCCGAGGCAUCUGAUCGCGAGAACUCGGCCCCGCCCACCAAGAGGGUUGCCUUGGAUAUUGGCGGGAGGAUUGUAGCGGCGACGAGGAUCCAUCCAGGGGCGACUGCAGGAUUCAUGAUGACACCCACAAGGCACAUGGUCCCAACUUCACACUUCGCCUCUCCACACGUCAUCCAGAUGGGGCCCAACUCACACAUCCCGGUCGUCAUGCCGACCUCCACGGCAACGGGGUUUAUGUCCCAGACAUCGUCGCCUGUGGAUACGGGGGUCAGUAACGGGUUAGUCUUCAAGGACGACUCCUCAUCCCGCCGUUCUCCCCUGGAGAAUGGCGCAUGUUCCCCCCACCUGCUUGUGUCAGGCGCCGGCUCAGCUAAACCCACUCAAGUGGUCUCUGCGUCCCAUCUUCUUCACAUGACCUCUCCUCGUCAUCCCACCGUCCCUCUCGUUCUACCCACUAACGCCAUCACCCUCGGACAUCACCACGGCAACAGCAGUAAACACCGUUCGAGCCAGUCCUCUUCUUCCUCAAACCCUUCCGUCAACCACACCCACCCGUCGUCAACGGCAACCGAUAAAUCCCACCACAGCAAGCACAACGGUGGGGCCCUGUCAACGGCUGGGUCCACUUCACUUAAAAUGCCCUUCGCAAAUAUCGCCAUUCAGUCGGCUAACAAGGACGGCGAAAACGGGGACUCAACUCUCCUAGUGACUCUCGAAAUCAACGAUACCGUAUUUCAGGGGGUCCUCUUUGCAAAACCACACCCCACCAGUUCCCCGUCCAGGUAAAAUUUAGCCCCGCCCCCCCCUCAUCACCACCACCACCACCCUUCAGCCACCAUUUUCUACUUUUAAAAACUCACUCGCUGGCUCACCUGUAUCACCAACUGACUUUUUCCUUCAUCUUUAUUGCAAGAUAUACUCGAGCAUUUAAUUGUGCACUUACUCGGAUAGCUUUCCCAUUUAAUUAGUAUUUCCUACUUCUUGUAUGUGCCGUCAUUCAAAAUUUAUAAUUAGUCGUGUAAUCUCGUUUUUGCACUUAUUUUCAUCCGUUCUCAAAUUUAAAUCCGUGUGAAAUAAUUAUAAUCUUUCGGUUUCGUAACUCGUAAAUGUUAUUGUCUGAGAUUUUCACGGGUAAACAAAUUUCAAGAA